AUGUGCUUCGCAGUUUCUUUCUCUUUUCGAAUAUUUCUGUCCUUUUUUAUCCUCUUUCAGUCUUCAUCCAAAUUAUUUUUCUUUAUUCUAUCUUUUUUCAUGUCUUUAAAUGACUGCGAGCCUCUAACAGUUGUCCAUACUUUUCCUUUUUGCCACAUUCCUUCCAUCCUUCCUUCUUUCCUUCAUACCUUCAUUCUUUCUUUUCUUCCUUCCUUCUUUCCUUCCAUCCUUCCUUCUUUCUUUUCUUCCUUCCUUCUUUCCUUCAUUCCUUCAUUCUUUCUAUUCUUCCUUCCUUCUUUCUUUCAUUCCUUCAUUCUUUCUUUUCUUCCUUCCUUCUUUCCUUCAUUCCUUCAUUCUUUCUUUUCUUCCUUCCUUCUUUCCUUCCAUCCUUCCUUCUUUCUUUUCUUCCUUCCUUCUUUCCUUCAUUCCUUCAUUCUUUCUUUUCUUCCUUCCUUCUUUCCUUCAUUCCUUCAUUCUUUCUUUUCUUCCUUCCUUCUUUCCUUCCAUCCUUCCUUCUUUCUUUUCUUCCUUCCUUCAUUCUUUCUUUUCUUCCUUCCUUCUUUCCUUCAUUCCUUCAUUCUUUCUUUUCUUCCUUCCUUCAUUCCUUCAUUCCUUCAUUCUUUCUUUUCUUCCUUCCUUCUUUCCUUCAUUCCUUCAUUCUUUCUUUUCUUCCUUCCUUCUUUCCUUCAUUUCUUCAUUCUGUCUUUUCUUCCUUCCUUCUUUCCUUCAUUCCUUCAUUCUUUCUUUUCUUCCUUCCUUCUUUCCUUCAUUCCUUCCUUCUUUCCUUCAUUCCUUCAUUCUUUCUUUUCUUCCUUCCUUCUUUCCUUCAUUCCUUCAUUCUUUCUUUUCUUCCUUCCUUCUUUCCUUCAUUCCUUCAUUCUUUCUUUUCUUCCUUCCUUCUUUCCUUCAUUCCUUCCUUCUUUCCUUCAUUCCUUCAUUCUUUCCUUCCUUCUUUCCUUCAUUCCUUCAUUCCUUCAUUCUUUCUUUUCUUCCUUCCUUCUUUCCUUCAUUCCUUCAUUCUUUCUUUUCUUCCUUCCUUCUUUCCUUCAUUCCAUCAUUCCUUCAUUCUUUCUUUUCUUCCUUCCUUCUUUCCUUCAUUCCAUCAUUCCUUCAUUCUUUCUUUUCUUCCUUCCUUCUUUCCUUCAUUCCUUCAUUCUUUCUUUUCUUCCUUCCUUCUUUCCUUCAUUCCUUCCUUCUUUCCUUCAUUCCUUCAUUCUUUCCUUCCUUCUUACCUUCAUUCCUUCAUUCCUUCAUUCUUUCUUUUCUUCCUUCCUUCUUUCCUUCAUUCCUUCAUUCUUUCUUUUCUUCCUUCCUUUAUUCCUUCAUUCUUUCUUUUCUUCAUUCCUUCUUUUUCCUUCAUUCCUUCAUUCUUUUCUUUUUUUCUUCAUUCCUUUUUUUUUCUUCCUUCCUUUCAUUCCUUUCAUUUCUUUUCUUCCCUCCUUCUUUCCUUUAUUCCUUCAUUCUUUCUUUUCUUCCUUCCUUCUUUCCUUCAUUCCUUCAUUCUUUCUUUUCUUCCUUCCUUCUUUCCUUCAUUUCUUCAUUCUGUCUUUUCUUCCUUCCUUCUUUCCUUCAUUCCUUCCUUCUUUCCUUCAUUCCUUCAUUCUUUCUUUUCUUCCUUCCUUCUUUCCUUCAUUCCUUCAUUCUUUCUUUUCUUCCUUCCUUCUUUCCUUCAUUCCUUCAUUCUUUCUUUUCUUCCUUCCUUCUUUCCUUCAUUCCUUCAUUCUUUCUUUUCUUCCUUCCUUCUUUCCUUCAUUCCUUCCUUCUUUCCUUCAUUCCUUCAUUCUUUCUUUUCUUCCUUCCUUCUUUCCUUUAUUCCUUCAUUCUUUCUUUUCUUCCUUCCUUCUUUCCUUCAUUCCUUCAUUCCUUCAUUCUUUCUUUUCUUCCUUCCUUCUUUCCUUCAUUUCUUCAUUCUGUCUUUUCUUCCUUCCUUCUUUCCUUCAUUCCUUCAUUCUUUCUUUUCUUCCUUCCUUCUUUCCUUCAUUCCUUCCUUCUUUCCUUCAUUCCUUCAUUCUUUCUUUUUUCUUCCUUCCUUCUUUUCCUUCAUUCCUUCAUUCUUUUCUUUUUCUUCCUUCCUUCUUUUCCUUCAUUCCUUCAUUCUUUCUUUUCUUCCUUCCUUCUUUCCUUCAUUCCUUCAUUCUUUCUUUUCUUCCUUCCUUCUUUCCUUCAUUCCUUCAUUCUUUCUUUUCUUCCUUCCUUCUUUCCUUCAUUCCUUCCUUCUUUCCUUCAUUCCUUCAUUCUUUCUUUUCUUCUUUCCUUCUUUCCUUUAUUCCUUCAUUCUUUCUUUUCUUCCUUCUUUCCUUCAUUCCUUCAUUCCUUCAUUCUUUCUUUUCUUCCUUCCUUCUUUCCUUCAUUCCUUCAUUCUUUCUUUUCUUCCUUCCUUCAUUCCUUCAUUCUUUCUUUUCUUCCUUCCUUCUUUCCUUCAUUCCUUCAUUCUUUCUUUUCUUCCUUCCUUCUUUCCUUCAUUCCUUCAUUCUUUCUUUUCUUCAUUCCUUCUUUUCUUCCUUCCUUCAUUCCUUUAUUCUUUCUUUUCUUCCUUCCUUCUUUCCUUCAUUCCUUCAUUCUUUCUUUUCUUCCUUCCUUCUCUCCUUCAUUCCUUCAUUCUUUCUUUUCUUCCUUCCUUCCUUCAUUCCUUCAUUCUUUCUUUUCUUCCUUCCUUCAUUCCUUCAUUCUUUCUUUUCUUCCUUCCUUCAUUCCUUCAUUCUUUUUUUCCUUCUUCAUUCUUCAUUCUUUCUUUUCCCUUCCUUCCUUCAUUCCUUCAUUCUUUCUUUUCUUCCUUCUUUCCUUCAUUCCUUCAUUCUUUCUUUUCUUCCUUCCUUCUUUCCUUCUUUCCUUCAUUCCUUCAUUCUUUCUUUUCUUCCUUCCUUCUUUCCUUCUUUCCUUCAUUCCUUCAUUCUUUCUUUUCUUCCUUCCUUCCUUCUCUCUUUCUUUCUUUCAGUAAAUACUUUAUUCUUUUUUGUAAUUCUUUCUUUUUAA